AUGCAAAAUUUUAUUCUCAUCUGGCUCGAUAGCAAUAUUGAUGCAGUAAACAAUAGUGAUUGUUGUAAUACAAUUAGUCAAUUACAACAAGUUGUUAAUACUAUAAACACAUUCACUGAUGCUGAUCGUUGCAUUGAUUUCAUUACAUAUAUCGAAGAAGAAAAUAUUUUUAUGAUUAUAUCUGGAGCUCUUGGUGAACAUAUUGUGCCUAAGAUACAUGAUGCAUAUCAAAUCCAUUCAAUAUAUGUCUUUUGUCAAAAUCAGUCAAGACAUAAACAAUGGGCUCAAAAAUGGUCAAAAGUAAGAGGUGUGUUCACAGAAAUACCAUCUAUUUGUAAAGAAUUGAAACAAGCUGUACAACAAUGUGAUCAAAAUGCUAUUUCAAUUGGUUUCGUUUCGACAAAUGAAGAAUUAUUACAACAAAGUUCGGAUCAAAUGAACCAGUCUUUCAUGUACACACAAAUAUUAAAAGAAAUUUUAUUGACAAUUGAAUUUGAUCAACAAUCGAUGAAAGAUUUUAUUAUUUAUUGCCGUCAGAAAUUUGCUAAUAAUUCUAUUGAAUUAGAAAAUAUCAAGAAAUUGGAACGAGAAUAUCAUCAACAUAAACCUAUAUGGUGGUAUACAUACGAGUGUUUUCUAUAUUCAAUGCUUAAUCAAGCAUUACGUACAAUGGAAUUUGAUACUAUUAUUAAAAUGGGCUUCUUCAUUCGAGACCUUCAUAAAGACAUUGUAAAAUUACAUUCUGACCAAUUUCAUGGCCAUCACAAAUCGGAUUCAUUUACUAUUUACCGUGGUCAAGGUUUAACUAAGACAGAUUUCAAUCAAUUGAUGAAAACACAGGGUGGAUUAUUGUCUUUUAAUACUUUUUUAUCCACCAGUAAAAAUCAAAAUGUUUCACUCACUUUUGCUCGUCAGUCUCUUUUAAAUUCUGAUUUAAUAGGUGUUCUAUUCGUAAUGACAAUUAAUCCUACUUUAUUAUCAACUCCAUUUGCAUCCAUCAAAAAUGUUAGCUAUUAUCAGACAGAACGUGAAAUUCUCUUUUCAAUGCAUAGUGUUUUUCGUAUUGGUCAUAUCAAACAAAUCGAACAAGAUAACGAUCGUCUCUGGCAAGUAGAAUUAAAGCUCACUAGUGAUGAUGAUCCUCAACGUCGUAAUCUUACCGAACGGAUACGGAAUGAAAUUUCAUGGUUGACAGGAUGGCAUCGUCUAGGUCGAUUUUUAAUUAUGAUAGGUCAUUUUAUAAAAGCCGAAGAUCUAUACAAAAUAUUAUUUGAACAGUCUGAUAAUGAAGCUGAGAAAGCACAUAUUAUGCAUCAUCUUGGAGUGAUCAAAGAUGGUCAAGGAGAUUAUGAAAUGGCAAUCAAUUUUUAUGAAAAAUCACUUGAAAUCAAUAGAGAAAUUCUUUCUCCAGAUCAUCACUUUCUGGGUAGUUCAUAUGAUGGAAUUGGCUUGGUCUAUACGAAAAAACACGACUACUCCAAAGCACUUGCAUCACUUGAAAAAUCACUGGAAAUUUUUCAAAAAACUCUUUCUCCAAAUAAUUUUCGUAUAGCUAUUUCAUACGGUAAUAUUGGUAAAGUAUAUGAUGGGAUGGGCGAUUAUUCAAAAGCACUUUUAUAUCAUGAAACAGCUUUGGAAAUUUUCAGAAAUACUCUUCCUGAAACUCAUCCUAAUAUGGCCACUUCUUAUUAUGAUAUUGGAAAUGUAUAUGACAAGAUGGGCGAGCUAUCCAAAGCCAUUAAAUCUCACGAGAAAGCGCUUGAAAUUCGAGAAAAGAUCUUACCUCCAGAACAUCCUUUCUUGGCCGGUUCCUACAAUCGUAUUGGUGAAUUCUAUGCAAAAAUGCACAGAUACUCUAAAGGACUUCUAUUUAUCGAACGUGCUAUUGAACUUGGAAAACGCUCAUUACCUGCAAAUCAUCCUGAUCUUGAGCUUUAUAAAAACAAUCUCAAACUAUUUCCAAAUACAUGUUAA